AUGCUGAAGCGGAAGCGACAAUCAUCGUGGGAGGCAACGGGCGCGAUACAACCAAGGCAACCCCCCGCUCCUGUUCACCAAAGCACCGAUGAUGAGUCCGAACCAGAACAGCUUAAAGAGAUUGCCCCGGAGACUAUCACAAUUGCCGUAUUCUGCGCCCUACCGUACGAAGUCAUUGCCGUCAUACAUUGUCUAGACGAAGAAUUUGCAUGCCGUCCGACGACACUAGGCUCCCAGAAAUACAUAUACACUUUUGGUCGUAUUGGGUCUCAUAAAAUUGUCAUAGCCCGACCUCAUCAGACGGGGACUGUAGAUGCUGCUCACUGUGCUACAGCGGUCAAUCAGCAGUUUCCAAAUGUCAAGUUUGCCUUGAUGGUUGGCAUUGGAGCAGGCAUACCAAACCUUCCGAAAGUUGACAUUCGUCUAGGUGACAUUGUUGUCAGUAUUCCUCAAAACAAUCAUCCGGGCGUCAUUCAGUAUGACUUUGGAAAGUAUGAAGAGAAUGGGUUUGUUCUCAAGGGGUCUCUUGACAAGCCUCCACCUAUUCUGAUUAGUGCCGAUGGUUCAUUGCAACACGACGAGGGCUUGGGUAGAUGCCCACUGAAAAAGAUCCUGAGGCAUAUCACUAGAAAACCUGGAUUUGGUCGCCCAGAUAUCGAAGAUAUCUUGUUUGACAAAAGCUUUUCUCAUGUCAAUGAAGGGGAUGAUUGCCACAUGUGCGAGACAAUGGGUGGAAAUAAGUUGGCUCGUGAAGUACGCAAUCGACCCAUGGUUCAUCGAGGCCUCAUCCUGUCUGGCAGUGGUGUUAUCAAGAACCCUUCAGAUCGGGAACGGUUGUGCCGAGGUUACAAAGACGCUCUCUGCUAUGAAAUAGGAGCCGCUGGCAUCAUGGAUGAGAUUCCCUGCCUAGUGAUCCGAGGCAUAUGUGACUAUGCAGACACUCACAAACAGGUCGGAUGGCAUUAUUAUGCUGCGGCUGUCGCUGCAGCUUAUUGUAAAGCCAUCCUUUGUAAGGUCGACAGCCAAAGUAUCAAUCUAGAUACUGUUGGGAAUCUGGAUCAGACGAUUGACAUGUCAAAACUGCCGAUUGCCGAAGGUGCCUAUUUCGAUUCUUACGAUGACCAGCAUGAACCUGAGUGCCUUGAAGGAACACGAACUGAACUCCUUCAAGACAUUGGAGAUUGGGUGAACAAUCCUGAGGCCAAGUUUAUUUUCUGGUUGAGCGGUAUGGCAGGUACAGGUAAAUCUACCGUCUCUCGCACGGUAGCAAAAACGUUGGCCGGAAAGGGAUCACUAGGGGCAAGCUUUUUCUUUAAACGGGGUGAAGGUCAUAGGGGGAAUACAAAAAGAUUUUUCCCGACAGUUAUAAGGCAAUUAAUCAACAACAUUCCCCAAUUGAUACUCGGUGUGAGAGAAUCUCUCAAAAAUGAUCCAGAUAUUGCCUCCAAGUCUCUACCAGAGCAGUUUAACAAGCUACUUCUUCGACCUCUGCUAGCAGUCACUCAGUCUAAUCUUCAACCUGCGCCUAUAAUAAUAGUGGCAGAUGCACUAGAUGAAUGUGACCAAGAUAAGGAUAUACGGAUCAUUCUCCAUCUCUUGCCAGAAGUGCUGAAAUCGAAAUUUAUACAUUUACGAUUCUUUUUGACAAGCAGGAACGAAUAUCACAUCCAGCAGAGUUUCAAGGAUAUUGUCUCCAUGCAUCAGAAUCUAGUACUUCAUCAAAUCCCCGAGUCCAUGCUGGAGCGCGACAUGACAUUGUAUUUUGAGUAUGAAUUCUCAAAAAUGAGACGUCAACACUCGUUCCCACCAGACUGGCCAGGAUCUCAAACUAUCAAGACUCUAGUUCUUAGAGCCAUGCCGUUAUUCAUUUCUGCUGCUAAAUUAUGCAGAUUUAUCGGUAAUACAAAAUGGGUUACAGAAAAACGUCUAAAAGCAAUUCUUGCAGAUCAGACUAUGUACGCCUCCAAAUUUAAGAGCACAUAUGUGCCAGUACUAAAUCAACUGCUUGUUGAUCAAGAUGAAUGGGAGUCGCAGCAGUCGAUUGAUGAAUUCAAAAAUAUCGUCGGUGUUAUCAUCGUUGUCGCAGAUCCACUUUCAAUUCACGCACUAUCCCAACUUCUAUGUAUAGAAGCAGACGAUAUUCAAAAUCGGCUAGACCUCUUUCACUCCGUUUUAAAUGUUCCCAAAGAUUUGGACACGCCAGUGAAACUUCUGCAUGCAUCGUUCCGAGAUUUCCUUCUAGACUCGAAAAUCAAGGAUAGCAACCCAUUUUGGAUUGACGAGAAGAAAGUACAUGAUAGGCUUACCAUGCAAUGCUUGAUUGUCAUGUCUCACAACCUCAGAAGGAAUAUUUGCUUCUUACCAGAAGACAAUACUGAACGCGAAAAUAUCGAUGCACGUUCUAUAGCAAGAUGCAUCAAAGCCGAAGUACAAUAUUCCUGCCGUUAUUGGACACAUCAUCUCAUGCAAGGCAGCGACCCUUCUAGUUUGCUAGAAGAUGCUUUCUCUAUUUUACGGGAUCAUAUACUUCACUGGAUGGAAGCAAUGAGUAUACUGGGUCUUAUGUCGGAGGCUGUGAUAAUGGUUAAUACUUUGAACUCGUUAACAGCGGAAAAUCAAAAUCCCGAAAUAUCAGCAUUUCUAUACGAUGCUAGACUCUUUAUCUUGAAGAAUCGACACUUAGCUGAGAUCGCUCCUCUUCAGCUAUACUCUUCAGCACUUAUCUUCACGCCAAAGACGUCAGUAAUCAGGAGGGGAUUUGAAGAGCAAGAGCUCCCUAGUUGGAUAUACACAUAUCCAAGAUUUACUCUAGAAGGCCAUAAAGAAUCCGUCACAUCAAUGGCAUUCUCAUCCGAUGAAAAAUUACUUGCAUCUGGUUCUCGUGAUAUGACGAUCCAGGUUUGGGAUACUACUACCGGAGCCUGGCAACGGACUCUUCGUGGACAUACAGAUGCCAUUUGCUCGGUUGCCUUUUCGCCACUGUUACUGGCAUCAAGUUCCAACGACAAAACAAUUAAGCUCUGGGAGAUUGCAGAUGGACUGAUUAGACUGUGGGACACUAUUACUAAAGAUCUAAAACACGAAUUCAGAGGUCAUAAAGGAAGUAUUAAACCAGCAACUAUCUCACCAUGUGGUCGACUACUGGCAUCAAUUUGCAAUGAUGGAACUGUCAAUGUAUGGGACAUCUGUACCGGAUAUUUACAACGGACCGUACAGGGAUGUUUAGCCAUUAUCUUCUCACUGGAUAAUGGGUUAUUAGCAUUGCCAAUGACUCUUGCCCUGGAACAAGCCAUCUAUAACCAAUCUGUCAUCUCAGUGGCUUUCUUAAAGGAUGAGCGGACGCUGGUCUCGGCCUCCAUUGACGGGAUAGUUACAAUCUGGGAUACCAAUACAAGAAUUCUACAGCAAAACGCUGAGAACCAUGGAGGACUAAUUCCGUCAAUGGAGUUUUCAUUCGAUGGUCGACUUUUGGCCUCAGCUUCCUGGGAUAAAACAGUUAAACUCUGGGAUACUGAAACUGGAAAGGCAAUAACGACGUUCUCUGGUCAUGGAGAUAUAGUUUUGGUCGGUGGCGUUUUCUUCAGAUGACCAGUUACUGGCAUCCGGCUCAGCGGAUGGAGCAGUCAAAAUAUGGGAUAU